GGGUCUGGUUAGCCGGUAUUCUGACGUAAUUCAGAUUCCAAUAUUGUAAAACUAGUGAUGUAAAAUACGUGUAUUUUUAUUGGGUUGCUUUAUUUUUAUCAAAUACUCAUUAUUUACGUGCUUGAUCCUUCCGUUAUGAAAUAUUUUUAUGGGUAUUUCAUUACUAUUCACCAUAUUUUAUGACGUUUUAAACAGUAUAGAAAAUUGUUUAGUAAAGGAUUUUUUUUUUCUAUAAACUGCGUACUGCACAAGACAAGGAUUACAAACCAUAUAAUUUGGUGAGUACUGAGCUAAAGGAACGUUCAUAGUGUAUAUGGCAAGCUAUGCGGAUUGGUUAGAGGAAACUAUCGGCUUCGCAGAAGAGGACUUUCUUCUAGAUGAGCAUACGGAGGCUAAAGACAGCGGCUCGUACGGUGACCCUCCAUAUUCAUUUGAAGGGGACGCAGUUUUGUGUUUAGUAGACUGCCGCAGUGAAAUGUUCUCCUUGUCGACCCAAACCCAUCACAGCAUAGUCCAACCGAACCAGAAGGGUGAGCACAGAUUCGAAGGUGAGAAAUGUAACCUAUCCACGCCACUCACCUCAUCUUUCCAGGAUGUUAACGUCAGCUGCCAAGAUAUGGAUUCUACUUUUGUGCAUUUAACCCCCUUUCAUCGAGCGCUCCAUGGGGUAAGCUCCUUGUAUCGAAACAUAUCCAUUUCAAACAACAAUGAUGUACUAGCUCUUGUUCUUUACAAUACAGCAGUCCAAAAGAAUACCUAUGGAUGUCCAGGUGUUUAUAUAUCCAACUCAUUUAGCGAGUUGGAUAUAAGUAACUUGCAUGCGAUUGAGCAGCUAGCGACCGCAGCGGCAGAUCCUGGCUCGGAUGCUUAUAAGGAAUUCGUCCAAGAGGUAGGUCACCUUCCGGCUCACCAUCUACCGGUGCUCAGCGAAGCGCUUCGUGCGGCACAUUGCAUGUUCUCGGGUCUUGGUACUAAGCCCAUUAAACGCAAGUGUAUUUUCGUCUUCACCAACGAUGAUGACCCAACUCAAGGUAAUACGCCAGCGCACGAUCAGUGCAUUACGUGCUUCCAGGUUCUAGUCGAUAUGGGUGUCUUUAUCGAGGUAUUGGGGGUCGGGGAACGGGUUGUGGAGGGGGUGGCACCAACCAGUGCUGCAACCACCGCAACAGCUAUUGACCUUGAACACAACAGGCAGAGUGCUACUACUCCCAGAGGUAUCUCGGCGGGGGAGCAUACAUUUCUCUCAAGGGACAACAACGCUUUUAUGGAUAAUGUGGAUAACGCGGUCCCCUUAGGGUGUGCCUUCUGGAAGCGACUGCUCUAUGAGUUUGGCAAGCGCAGCCCGCAAGCUGACUCCCUCGGUACGGGAGAGUUGACUUUCCACAACUGUAAUCGUCAUACUGGCUGCCAUGACAGGACUGUGGGGAUCGACCGUACCUUAGGUUGCUCUUUCGAGGGAUUCUUAGAAUCUAUCGGUCGUAAGAUCCACCCGCAGCGACCUUUUAUGAACUGCAAAUUAUUCAUUGGCGUAUGUAGGAACGGCGUGGAUAUGCCGCACAUGGCUGUAAGCCUGUACUCACCACUUUUGCAUGCCACCGAUCAAUCGACGGGAUGGAUGGAGGCGGCCACGAAGGCUCCUAUCAACAGGCGAGUUGUUCUGAAAGCGAAUAGAGUAAAUUCAAUUAGCUGUGGUGAUGGUAGUGACGGCGGGAAGCCACACACAAGCGAGGCUGAGCACUAUUUUGAGGAGAGCGUAGGGUGGCAUGAUAACUGUACAAACAGACAGGAUGUCAUUCUAAGUCCUAAGGAGCUUCGGUACUCCGCACAAAUAGGUGGCUCCACCAUUAUUUUUACCCCUGAGGAGCAAGCUAAGCUGGUAAGGGUAGCAGCUGCAGGAGGUAAGUACGGUCUUACCAUCGUGUGCUUUAAGCUGUACGAGGACGUGAUUCAGCAUAAACACAGCGUUCAUCACUCUGCCUUUGUGCAUGCAAAUUUAUCCGAAGGAGGUCACAACUCGCUUCGAUUGUUUGUUCAACUAGUGCGAACGCUGCGUGCACAAGGAAAGGUUGCCAUCGCGCAAUACGUGAUGAAAAAUAUCCCCCCCAGACUUAUGGCUUUGGUACCGUCCCCAGACUUUACCUUGUUCCGCCAGCAUACCAUACCCGAGACAAGUAUGCCUACCCAAGGGCUUGGGUUUUUCAUGGUCCCUUUGCCCUACGCAGACGACAUCCACCCCGUACCUGAUCUCGCCGUACUGCCCAGCUGUAUCAAAGGGGUUAACCCCAGGUUGAGCCCGGACGCCGUAUCCGAGACGGAUAUACAGCUUGCCCGUCGGGUGAUCGACGCCCUCAGUGUUCGCUAUGACAUAUUAGCCGUACCAAAUCCAUCGCUACAGUUGCGUCAUCGCUUGAUGGAGGAUCUCGUCCUACGUCAGCCCACUUUCCCAAUGUCAGGACAAGUAGAGGGGGAGCCUUUGUUGGGGACUUCACCGUCCGCGACUUCUCCCACAGGGUGUAAAGACUCCGAAGCCGUGUGUGUGGCACUGACGACGGUGCGCGACUGGACGUUACCGGACAAGGCCUUUAUGGUGCGUCACGCUAAACGGUUUCAAGACUUCAACGCCUUCGUCCUUGGCUCAUCGUACGAUGCAGAGAAAAUGUGUGGGCAGCCCCGCACCACGGCAGGUGCAUCUCGACGUCCACGUGCAUACAAGGACAAUGCUAGCGACAAGAAUAGCGACACCUGGGGUAAGAAUCCGGCGCCUAUACCCGACUCACCCACACGUGGGGAGUACAACAAUUAUAAUCAAAGUGAGAUAAGAGGGGUCUAUACGGCUGAUGAAAUUAAAGAACUCGUUGGGGCUGCAGCCGAUCGUAAUGCGUGGCACCGACUAACAAUAGUACAGUUGAAGGAGUAUCUCAAAACAAUUGUUCACACGACAGGAUAUGGCAAGAAUAAGGAUGCGCUGAUUCAAAUCGCAAAAGAUGCUUACCUUAAGGGGGAUAGUUAA